AUACCGAUUUCGAAUACACACUACAUAUGUGCAUGUCGAGGCUCUCGCAUACCUAAUACACGCGACCUGACCGUAGUAAACAAUCCAAAAUCAGUCCAAGCAAACGCUUCCGAAAUGGCCACGGAGGAACACCAGCGCCUGGCCAGUAUCGUGAAGAGCUGCCACGAAAGCUUGCGACAACUGACGAAGGAACAUGGCGCCACGGUGGCCUGGCAGGAGCACACGAGUCCUAGGAAUGCCAAGCGACUAGCCGAGUACGCCAAGGCCAUGCGGCAACUGGCGGCCAUAUGGGAGACCAACGAUGACAACGUGGAGCUACAGGCACGCAGUCGCAUCAAGUGGGCCAUCGACUACAUCACCAAGUACUUUUUCACCGAGGGUAUCUACAUGCAAAAGCGACAGCGGGAACAGCGACUCCUGGAAUCUUACAGAGCCGAAGGAAAGCUGGACGAGGUCGAGUGCAGGAUGAUGGAGGAGCCGCCGGACAGACUGCAUGUGCUGGAUGUGGGCAGCUGCUUCAACCCGUUCGCCAGUGCCCCGCAUCUCGAGGUCACUGCUCUGGAUCUGUGUCCCGCCACUGAAGAUGUUCUUCAGGCAGAUUUCCUCAAGGUCGAGGUGGUGCCUGGAAUAGAUAAACCAGAACUGGAGGCGGGCAGCGUGAGGAGGCUCCCAGCAAACCACUACGAGUGCGUCAUCUUCAGCCUGUUACUAGAGUACAUGCCCAGCGCCGAGCAACGGCUAGAGUGUUGCCGCAAGGCCUACGAUCUUCUCCUGCCCGAGGGCAUCCUCGUGCUCAUCACACCCGACUCGCAGCACGUGGGCAAGAACGCCCACCUCAUGAAGAACUGGCGCUACUCCCUGGCCCGGCUUGGACUGCUGCGGGUGCGCUUCGAGAAGCUGCCACACAUUUCGUGCAUGGUUUUCCGCAAGGCCAUCAGCCGGGAACUCUCCCAGCACUGGGCGAGCAUUCACCGGGAGGAGGGCAUGAGCGAGGAAAUCCGGAUACCGCAGGACGAUGGCUAGAUAAGAUACAGGCCUCAUAAAUCGAUGUAAAUAUGUUCAUGUCUACUUAUUUAUGGCUUAACUUAUCUGUGUUAAGUGCGAGUUAAUAAUAAUGGUUGACGAUUUAUCUACUA